UGUGGGACUAGGGAUGCGUAUACAGAAGCUCCGUAGUAUCAGCGCAUAGUUUGACCAGACUGACCCACAGCAUUUACCAGUACAUUUGAUACUGUAACCUUUUCGUAUCAGGUUCCAACUACAAAUGACAAACCCCUCUCUUUGGUCAGCUAUAACAAUGAAGGGUGCAUGUGCGACCCUUGUGGUACUCCUGGGACAGUUUACCGUAGGCAGUUACUACACCUUAAAUGUAACACUGGUAGCCAUGAAAGCAACGUUCAACUAUACACAGACUGAAGUGUCUUUCGUCAUGUCCUCAUUUCUACUUGGAUUCGGUACUGGAGUGUACACAGGGGCCGUGCUGGACAGAAUAGGACCCAAGUGGACCUCGCUGAUUGGCAUAGCUAUGACCACUCCAGGCCUUGGACUGAUGUACAUCGCUUCUGUCACAGUUGACUUCUUCCGUGACAAAUCGUGGCUUAUGACUAUUUUUGCUUUCAUUGCUGGUCAAGGUAGCUUCGUGACAUUCACCGUUACCUGGACGACAGGUGCACGAAAAGCUGAUCCACGAGUUAGGGGGAUAUUGAUGGGUGUUUACAAAGCCACACUUCUUGGGAGUCCGGUUUUCUUCACCUAAUCUAUGACGUAUAUUUCAGGAAUGAUCAGAUUGAAGACCCAAAGAAGCAAAACUUUCAAGGUUAUAUUUUGUUCGUGAUGAUAAUGCUUGUGACUGUGGAUAUUUUAGCGAUAUGUCUGUUGACGGAUGAUAGCAUAGGAACUAUUGAUACCAACAAUGGUAAGGAAAUCGAAAUGGAGAUAGGUACAUACGGAACUAUCCCUGAUGCAACUGAUGGUGAUACUCUGGAAGAAAACAAACCAAUGUGUACAACUGAUGAGGCCAAGGAUGAACUCUUUUCAAGCGACGAUGAGGCCGAUCCGAAAUCCAAAUAUAAAUAUUUCUUUUGCUCGGAAAAUAAAAUGGAUGAACAUGAAAUAGAUGAUGAUAAAUCUAAUGAAACUGUUAAAUUCAACAGGGAUACAGAUUUAUUGAUUUCUGGGAACAAGAAUGACGUUUCUGAAGAACAUGACCAGAAAGACCCUUCUAUCAACACGUGUUAUUCUUUUCCCGACUCUAAGUUAAACAGUGAGUGUGAACCAAGUGAACAAAUAUACAGGUCUGAUGCUGAUCUUUCCAACUAUGAUGACAAAUCAUCACCGUCAUCAUCAGCUUCAUCAUCUGAUAAUGUCUUAAAAGAAAACAUUCCACUCAUGACUCAAAGAAUGUCUGAACAUGUUCCAAUAUUGAAACUCCUGAAGACGGCAUCUUUUCAUGCAGUACUCUGGAUAAUUUCAUUGAGUAUGGCAACCGACACCAUUGUCUACAGCAACAUACCCGUUAUCACCCAGAGUGUCAACCUUCAAUAUUUCGAUACACCAACAAUGAUCACAAGUCGUGUAUGUAUCUGCGGCAGUGCUUUAUUCUCUGGUAUUUUCUACAAUUACUUCAACGAUCAACGAAGUAUCUACACCGUGAUGUUUGCUGCAGUGUCUGCAUUGUUGUUGGCCAACACGAUGUUGUUGAUCUCCACCGAACACCCUGCGAUUCUUAUAAUAGCUGCUGGACUUAUUGGAUCAGCCACUGGAGUCAUGUGGGUUCUAGGUGCAGGUUUAGUGUUGACAGCGUUUGGACAUAAAGACUAUGGUAGAAACUGGGGCUUUGUCAUCAUGGUGUCUUUUAUUGUGUCUGAAUGUCUGACUCCGAUCAUCGGGAAGAUGUAUGACGCCAAGGUAGCUCAGUCAGACUCAAACGUUUGCUACGGAGGUCAGUGCACUAGGCAAUGGUUCAUUCUCUUGCUUGGUGGUUUAAUAGUGUCAUUUGUCUUGUGCAUUUGGCAACUGAUAACCUCGUGGAAAAAGGCUGUUUAGCAACGAUUCCGUUUUACUAUUUUGAUACAGUAACUGAAUAGAUCCACAACUGCAAUAUGUUGAACCAUGCACCCUACUUUAGCCAGGAAUGGAUUACUUUAUAGAACAUAAGAAAGGACCACUGACCGGUUCUUGUCAGAAAAAAUAAAGAAUUAUUGGCUUA